AGGGUAUGAAACGAAAACCAAGCCUGCGAAUGGUUAUGGUGGCACUAGCCGUCUCUCUCAGCGGCUCAUUCCACUUUGGGUAUCAACUAGUCAUCACAAAUCCGUCGCAGGCUGCGUUCAUUCAGUUUCUAAAUACCACACUUGGGACAACGUUGUCCGACAGUUCUGAUGCCACAUUAGACAAUGUCUGGAGUUUCGUUGUCGCUAUUAUCUUCCUAGGAGCCUUAGCUGGGUCGUUUUCCAUCCGUUUGGUAGCUGAUAAAGUUGGAAGGAAAGCCGGACUCUAUGUGCCCAUUUUCAUUGCUAUUCUUUCUGCGUCAAUGUCUGCUGUCUCAAAAUUUAUUCCCAGCUUUAUUCUAUACGCAAUGUCUCGUGUGACAAUGGGCUACGCCGUUAGCCUUAGUCUGGGUAUUGCUGCUCUAUUUCUUACGGAAACAAGCCCAAAGGGAUGCCGAGGUUCUAUUGGGAUGAUUACUGGAGCAUGCGUACAGUUUGGAACAGUGGUAGGCUCCAUCCUCGCCAUGCCACAAAUUUUCGGCACAGUCGAUUGUUGGUUUCUGAUUUACAUCGCAGAAAUAGCAAUUAUUCUAGCUUUCUCUGUUUUUCUUCCCUUUCUUCCAGAAACGCCAGGAUUUCUUGUUCAACGUGGAGCACAAGAAGCGGCAAAGAGAUCACUUAUGUUCUAUCAUAAGUGCAGCGCAAGUGAAGCGGAAAAACACUUAAUGCAUAUCAAGGAAGAGCAGAAGCAGCAUACGAAGAUAUUUACCAUGAUGGAUAUCAUGAGGAAAAAGUCACUGAGAAAAAAGGCACUGAUUGGUGUUGUUGUGACGUUUGCCAUGUCCUUCAGUGGCGUAUCAGUAAUCAAUGCUUAUGCGGUUGAAAUUCUGAGAAGCACUGGUUUGACUUCAUUGCAAGCAUCUCUUGCCAACGUCACAAUCGCAGUUGUUAGCAUGAUUGCAAUCGUGAUCUCUUCAACGGUUAUAGACAAGUUUGGUCGUCGUCCACUGCUUUUAGUAGCUUUCACCGGCUGCUUACUCUGCAAUUUCCUCAUCUUUUCAUUAAUGUUCACAUUUGACAAAUAUGGUCACAACAUUUUGGGUUUCAUCCUAAUAUUUGUUAUUUGCCUUUUCAUCAUAUUCUUCGCUAUUGGACCUGGCCCACUAUGUUAUUUCAUUAAUGCCGAACUUGUUGGGCAAGCAGCACGAAGCGGAGCGCAAAGCUGGGCUAGCGUUGUUCAGAUGCUAAGUCGUUUCAUGAUCAUCACAACUUUUUUGCCGAUGAGGAACAAGAUCGGCGAUGCAUGGUCCUAUCUAAUUCUAUUUGUUGCCCCUGUAAUUGCUUCGAUAGUAUUCCUAUACUUCAAGUUACCUGAGACAAAGAAUAAAACUCCACUUGAGGUCGAAGAAGUAAUGAAGAAACUUCCGACGAUAUAUUCGGUACGAUCCAGAGUGAAGUGAGCACAGAGCCCUGAACCAUUGUCAUG